AUGGCUGGAUCGCAAACCACAGAUCCGGGCCUACUCAAGAAACAUUCAACUUAUAUCUCCUACACUACAUCUGUCGCGACAUAUCCGUCCAUAAGAACAUUUUACAAGCCGCAUCCACAGAAGGACAAGCUGCCGAUAAAACCAUCGCCAAUCCCGUUGCUAGUCUUUGUACACGGCUUGGGUGGGUCGCUAGCCCAAUUCAAUCAUCUGCUGACGAGCUUGUCUAACGUCGGACCGUGCUUCGGAAUCGAUCUGCCCGGUUGCGGAUUGUCGAGGUUUGAGCCUGAUUCUUGGGACGCAUAUAAGGUCGAAGCGCUCGCAGAACUGCUUGCGACUGCUAUUGAAGGGCAUCGUGACAAAGACGCCGGCCAAGGGGUAGUCUUGAUUGCUCACAGUUUGGGCUGUUCCCUUUCAGCAAUGUUGGCAUCCACGACCUCUCCAGCUGGACCCAACUUGAAAAAGCAUAUUCUCGGACUUAUCGCUGUUUGUCCCCGCGCGUCGCCCCCAUCUCCCAAAGAAGUUACGUCUUUCCGCCGCCUCCUCCACAUUCCGGGUCCGAUCUUUGACCUUUGGCGAUACUGGGAUCGACGAGGCGGUCUGAAGAGCACCAGUGUCAAUCGUCUCGUCGGCGCAGAUGCUGAUCCCGAUACAAGAGGACUUCAAGUACGGUACAACAAACAAAGCAAGACGCCUGUGUGGAGACGCAUGGCUUGGGGUACUCUUCCCACAUAUGACGGUGUCGAUGGAACCCCUGUAGGAGGGAUUCCAGGGGAGACGACCUGGGCAGGAGUACGGACGCCAACCUUGCUUGUGGCUGGCGAAUCUGACACAGUAACGAAGCCUGCGGAAUUGCAGAGAAUUCUCAAAUUCUUCGGGGGCAAAAGCUCAAAGAUCGAAGAAAGCAGCAACGGUAGCAACAUUGUUCCGGAUGCUUCCAAAGUCAAUGACCAGGCUCCAGCCCCCUACAGCCGAUUAGCACACGAUGAAGAGUUUGGUGUUGAGCCUCAAGUGAAUGAAAAGGAGAUAGAGAACACUUCAGAAAAGCCACUUCAAGCUAAACGCUCUGUCAAAACGGUGAUCCUGCCAGCUCCAGCCUCCCACGCUCUUCUUUACGAUCGUGCGACAUAUCGCACUCUAGCUGGAAUCAUACAAGACUUCCUUCAGCAGCACGUUGAUAACCGGCUGAGUCUCGGAUGGCAGUUGCAAUAUCUUAAUACAUCGGGCAAGUGGGAUGUGAAGAACCUGGCGAAGUGGAAGAAAGUCACUCCUGUUUCAGAGCGCAUCUCUGACACAUUCGUCGCGCUGAAAAUGUUGCGCGAGGUGGACGAGGAGCAUAAUCCUGUACUAUUCUCACAAGCGUAUAGUGACCGGAUCUACGCAGUGAUCGAUAUUAGCUACGAAAACCCGGUGUACAACCCAGCCUCACUGGAAAUGGGGGGCAUCCAUUACCACAAACAUCCUACCGUGUCGAAGAUUCCACCAACGCCAGAUGAGACACGAGACUUUAUUGCCUUGGUCGAUAGGCUUCAGAAUGAGAUUACAGAGAAGAUAGCGAAGUCUGGCAACCGCCAGACUCCACGCCCGGUAGUUGGGGUUCACUGUCAUUACGGAUACAAUCGAACCGGUUUCUUGAUUGUCUGUUAUCUGAUUGAACGUUGUGGGUACACCGUCCAGGAAGCAAUUGACGAAUUUGAAAGACGCCGUCCACCAGGCAUCCGUCAUGGACAUUUUAUUGAUACAUUGUUCGUGCGAUAUUGUGUUGGGCUUAAGAGAGCACCGACGCUGUAG